UGGCGAAACCUCCUCUUGUCGUUGUUGGUGGCGCAUGUGCCAAGUUUUGAUCGGCCAAUCGUUCGUUCGCGCCUUGCUUGUUCCCACGCCUUCGCCUCUCACCCCGCUUGCCUCUCUGCCUCCCGUCUGUUGCUUCUUGCUUCUUGCUCCUGCUGUUGUUGCCCUUUCUUGUGCCUUCUUCUUCUCCUCUCCCGCUCCUCUCCCCCGCCCGCUGCUUCUGCGCGUGUGCCGCCGCGUUUGUCAACGAAUCACCACACAACCGACACAACCUCCUUCACUUUGUCGACACAAUGAGUGAGACAGCGAAGCGUAAGCAGGAGGACACGAGCGAGGGCCUCGACACCAAGCGACCAGCAGUGAAGGACGACAACGCCGAGCCCGCAGGCACCGACAGCAUGAACGGUACCGCCGCCACCACCGCCACCCCUGAUGCAACCGAACCUGUGGCUCCUGCCGAGCAGGAUUCGACGGCAACAACCGCGGCGGACGAGCAGUCGGCUGAUCCCACUGCCACCACGUCAGCAGCAACCACAACGGCCACAACGGCCGCGGCAGAGGACAAGCCCGCGCCGCAAGAGGCAUCAGCCGAAGCCACGACGGCCUCCACCGACACAGCUGCAGCUCCCGCCACUGCCACGCCUGCUGAGGGCGCGCCCGCCGCCCCCGCUGACGGCACAGCAGCCACGGAGCAAGCCAACAGCAACCCGGCCGAUGCACCGCUUGCCGAGGGCCACGUGCUGGAGACAGUCAACGUCGCGGACCACCAGGUUGGCCGCCUGAUUGGCCGUGAGGGUUCCAACAUCCGCCAGAUGGAGGCCCUCUCCGGGUGCCAGGUGAACGUGCCGGCGGAGUGCGAGCCAGGCACCUCCGUGCGCAAGAUUACGCUGCGCGGCAGCCCGGAGAGCGUCCGCUACUGCAAGCAGAUGCUUGAGCAGAAGAUCCGCGAGGAUGGCGGCGACCCCUCGGCCCCCGCCACAGAGACCAUCACCAAGAUUGCGUACAUCCCCGACGACCACGUUGGCCGUGUGAUUGGCCGACAGGGAUCCACCAUCCGACAGAUCCAGGAGCUCUCUGGCGCGCACAUGGACAUUGCGAAGGAGUGCCGUCCUGGCGAGUACCAGCGCGAGGUCACCGUCACGGGCACACCGGCGCAGGUUGAGAAGUGUGAGGAGCUCAUUCGCAAGAAGGUUUCCGGCGAGAGCCUGCCCCCUGCCCCUACCCGCUCCGCCAACGACACCAUCAUCACCAUCCCCGACGAGAUGGUUGGCAGGAUCAUUGGCAAGGGCGGUUGCACCAUCCGCGAGCUCCAGGACAACUCUGGUGCUCACAUGGACGUCGCCAAGGCCCCCAACCCUGGCACGAACAAGCGCGAGAUUGUGGUCCGUGGCCAGCCACAGCAGAUUGCGUACUGCACCUACCUCAUCAACACCAAGAUUGCUGAGCUCACGGGCGACUACACGCGCAACUUUGUCGAGGGCCCGCCGGAGGUCCUCACCGCAGCCGCCAACAUGGGCAGCAUGUACGCCCAGCUGCGCCAGCAGCAGAUGAUGCAGCAGGCCCAGCAAGGCUACGGCCAGCAGGGCUACGGCCAGUAUCCACAGCAGCAGGCCUACGACUACUCUGCUUACUACCAGCAACAACAACAGCCGCCCCAGUGAACCUGCCCUUCUUGACGCGUCCGCUCGUGCAGUUGUGCCCGGCCACCAAGCGUGACAGCAUUCGCUUUUUGUGACCUGUGUGCGUGCGUGUGCGCGCGAGAUGCGUGCGUGUCCCUCCUUUUGGGCUGCAUCCAACGUCAUUGGCUCAUGCCACAUUCUUCAUGCUCCUCGAGACUCUUCGCUUCGUGUGUUCGUGUGAUCGUGUGUUCGUGCGUGCGUGCUUGCGCGCACGUGUGUGUUUGUUCCUUUUUCGCUCCGUGUCACCUGUGUCCACUCACGUCCUUGAACCUUUCUCAAAACCA